AUGUGCCUCCUGCUGCAACAUGUGGCAGCCGAUGCGGCAACGGUCAAUCUAACGCAAACUCAAACGGAUACGCGCGUUUCGUGGAUAGCCCAGCUGUUGCAGCUGCGCCAACAGCUUGGCGAUUGCUAUCGGUCGGGCACGGGUCUGUGGGCAUGUUUCCGCGCGCGCAGCCUGCAAAUCUUCGAGGACAUCAUGACGGCGGAUGUCAUACCGCUCUAUGAGGGCGUGCGUCUGAUGGCCGCACCAAAUGCCACAAAUGGCCAAGCGCGAGCAGCUGCCGAUGAGCGCAAGGAUCUCAAGCACUUGACGUGGUUUGAUCAGCUGGCUGUUAGCCUGGCCAAGGGUCUAACCACGCACACGCUGCAAAUCAAUCUGGCCAAGCUCACGGAGCGCUAUCUGAGCAACGAUGCGUCGCAGAGCAAAGCGGAUGCGGUGGGCAGCGCCCGACUACGUCGGCAUCGUUUCAACAUGAUUAUCACCAUGAUGUUCGGUGUGACAGCUCUGGGCGCCGUGCUGGUGCCCAUGGGCUUCCAAAUGCUGUCCAUUGUCAGCGGCAAGGCGUUGUUAUUGGCCAAAAUGGCUUUGCUGCUGGCCUCCAUCAACGGACUGAAGCGCGUGGCCAAUACAGGACUCCAUUACGGCUUGUAUCAUGUGCCCAACGAGCAUCUGGGCGGCUAUUACGAUCGCGGCGACUUGAAUCAUCCGCGCAAUGUGCCCAUACCCAUGGGCCUGGCGCCGUCGCUGGACGUCAGCUUGAAGUAGCAGAGAGAAA